UGUCAUGCUGGCAGGCGUCGCUUGAACAUCAAUAAAAAUAACGGUCGAAACAGGGCCAGCUCCUUUACCAGCAUCUUCAUCCGCGGGCCUUGUUUUAGGGCAAUAUUUUACACAUUCCGAAGCAAACAACGACAAAAUGCCACGGCCGAAAAGUGCACCAAGAUCACUGUCGGAACGAGAGGAGCAGAAAAGCAAAGCCCGAACAUUGCGUAGCCAGGCCCAAUCGGGUCUGCUUUCUUCGAGCGACGAGGAAGAAGAUGCUUCCCAGCGUAACCGACGCGGUGCAAGUAGCGCAAGUGCACAAUCUUCGGGCACACAAAACCGGUCACGCUCGGUCGAGACACCACGUCCAAUAUCUACACAAUCACAAUCACAAAGCAGCCAACAGGCCGAAGAGUCCAGAGCAUCACGUAGCGCCACCCGCCAGCAUACACCUUCUUCCACAAGCGAUGAAGAAGAGGAAGACGGGAAGGAGCACGAUCCGUCGCAGCAUAGUCGACGAAGUCGCAGCAGCACCCGCACACCGCCCGAACCCGUUGCUUCCAGCUCACAGCGCCGGUCAGUGUCUGCCGGUCCGCCGGGAGGUGGUUCAACAUCACAAAAUGUACGACCGAACCGAAAACCAAGAAUAGCACCACUAUUGAAGGAAAUGCUCAGACUACAGCUAUCCUGGCAUCAUCUCAUCCCGAAGGCGAGCUUCGGCCGAUUGGUGCGGGAACUGUUUGACCACCGGUAUCGCAUCACACCGCAGGCACUGGAGGCAAUGCAUGAAGCGACGGAAGUGUUUCUCGUGCAGCUGUUUGAGGAUGCAUACAAGUGCUGCCUGCACCGUGCCAGAGUGACGCUCGCCCCAAAGGACAUUGAGCUGGUAAUUAUACUACGACGAGGGAUCAAAUAAUUACCUCCAGGUAGUCCGGCUCGUACAUGCGAUUCGUGCAGGUAAAGGCAGAAUGACUGAAGGAACGAGCGCCAGUUCCGGAAAAUGCCCGUGCAUGGUUGAGAACAGCGAUCUGGAAAGAGGCGGUAGAGCGGUUAAGUUGAAAGCAACAGAACUCAGACACACGAUUUUGUAUUUUGCUAUUCUUACCAGCCGGCGAGCCAUCAUGACCUGUGAAUAUCAAAACUUGUUUUGUUACUUUACUUAUAAUAAAAAGUACUAUCUCCCUGCCACGACGGGAACAAACGA